UAGAUAAGUUUCAUGUUUUGAACAACUGAACCUAAGUUUCUGGUAUAUAAAUUUUGUGGUUUCUUUUGCAAGCUCAGAGGUCCCAAAACAUGCCGAGAAAAACCUGGAAGAAGCAUGUAGACGACACACCCACUUCAUCUUCAUCUCUGUCAACCUCAGACGAGUCUGAAUCAUCGCUGGAGAGGUCUCGCCGGCACCAGAAAGUCCGGCGUAAGAAGGAUGGAAGCUCAAGGAGAGAGAAAGAGCGAAAAAGAGAGAAAAGAAAGCGCAAGGAGAAAGAAAGGGAAAGAAGAAGAAGGAAAUCGCGGAGAGAGGAUGGAAGGGAGAAGAGAAGGGAUUACGAGUCUGAGUCUGAAUCCGGGUCUGGAUCUGAUUCUGACGGUGUUAAAGGGCGGAUUGAGCCUGAAGUAGUUGUCCGAGAGAUGUUGAAGGAGUUUCCUAAUGUUGGUAAUGAUUUGAAACAGCUUCUUCAAAUGAUUGAUGAUGGGCAAGCUGUUGACAUAAAGGGCAUAUCUGAAAGGUCUUUAAAUAAGCAUUUGAAGAGGUUAUUCCUUUCUUUAAAUCUAAAGGAGAAUGGUAAUAGAGUGUUUUUACACUCUUCAAAAUCUCGUCCUACCUUGGAUGUUGUUGGCCACAUGAUUCAGGCUCCUACAGAACCUAUAGAGCAACAACCCACAAAUUCUGGUUCAGUGAAGGAUGGCCAAGUAAUGGAUGAAAAUAAUUCAGACAAAGAUGAUUCUGCCGGUCCUAAAAGAAGGGUGAUUGGACCUGCAAUGCCUUCAGCUGAGUUGCUUGCUGCAGCAGCCAAAUUAACAGAAGCUCAGGCUGAUCUCAGAGAAGCAGAAGUAGAGGAAGACAAUGAACUAUUUAUUGGACCUCCCCCUCCUGCUCUGGUUGCUGAGGUUGCAUCAGCAAAUGAAGCAGAACGUUUUGAAGAGGUCACAAGAAUUAUGGGAGCUGAACCUGAUAGUCCAUAUGAUGUUGUAGGAGCAAACCACAAUAUGUCUGCUGAUAAUAUAAAGAAGAAGUACUGGAAACUCUCUCUUUUGGUGCAUCCCGACAAAUGUCCUCAUCCUCAGGCGCACCAAGCAUUUAUUAUACUCAACAAAGCUUUUAAGGAUUUACAAGAUCCAGAUAAGCGAAAAGCUCUGGAUGACAAAAUAAAACUGAAGGAGGAGCAGGAGAAAUUCAAGGCUGAGUUGCGAGCAAUGCGUGAAGCUGCACAAUGGAGAAGAUUACAAGGUAUAUCAAUGGAAGGCGAUGAUGAGCUCCUGGCAGAAGUGGAAGUCAAAGUGCCUCCUAAAAGGGACGAAUGGAUGACAACACUACCUCCUGAGAGGAAACCUGGUGUGACAAUGCAAUCAACCAAAUUUAGCAAUAGCACGAAAGAAGGGCGAGGUGAUACUAGUGUGUGGACCGAUACUCCUUCAGACAGAGCCCAAAAAGCAAAGAUGCAUUACUUGGAAGCCUAUAAUGAGGCUGCAGCUCUUGCUUCGAAUGAAGAAGUAAAGGCGAAUAGAAACGCAUCAGAUGCAGAUUUGGUGGAUGAAUAUAAUAAAGAAAAACGACCAAAAUCAUUGGUACAAAAGCAUAAAGAGGAGGCUGCAAAGCGACUGAAGAAGAAAUCGAAGCAACCAUUAGAGAAGCAGCAGCUGGAGAAAGACGAGUGGGAGGGGAAACAUCCAUGGAAACCAUGGGAUCGGGAGAAGGACCUGGUUGCCGGAAGGCAGAAUGUAAAUCUCGAUGCUGAAAACAUGGUUAAAGGUUUGACUUCCAGGUUUUCAACAGGGACCUUUCAGAGGAACUUCCUUUAAGGCCAAUGCAACCGAGUCCGAUAUUUUCUUGUCACAGAUGGGUAGAAUUCUACCAAACCCAUUGCGGUCGUCAUAUAUGCUGCUAUAUUGGUAGUUCAGUGAAGUAUCA